ACCCUCUUUUUUCACCAUAACUCUCUCUACUUUCUCUUUCUCUAUCAUCAUCUUCUUCUUCUUCAUCUUCAAUCUUUUCUCUCAACUGGGUCACUGAUUCAACACAAAAGAUUCAAUCUUUCUUCCAUUUCAUUUCUGGGUUUUACUUCAAAAUUCACAUUCAUGGCACCCACACCUUCUUCUUCUUCCAAGCAAAUCCACACAACCCAUUUGAUAACUCCACGUUCAAAGCAUCGUCUUAAUUUCAAUGGCGUCAAACCAGCACCUACACCACCACAUCCACACCCAUCACCCCAUCCAAAUUUCAACAACAAAGAUUCUCCCCCUGAACACCCAAUUGAAGUUAUUGCGAGAAUUCGUGACUACCCGGAUCGAAAAGACAAGCCUUUAUCUGUUUUACAAGCAAGUUCUAAUUCUAGAUCUAUAAGGGUGAAGGCUGAUUUUGGUUAUAGAGAUUUUACUCUUGAUGGGGUGUCUGUUUCUGAGGAAGAAGAAUUGGACUUGUUCUACAAGAAAUUUGUGGAAUCAAGGAUUAAUGGUGUGAAAUUGGGGGAUAAAUGUACUAUUAUGAUGUAUGGACCAACUGGUUCUGGUAAGAGUCAUACGAUGUUUGGGUGUUCGAAGCAGGCGGGGAUUGUGUAUAGGGCUUUGAGGGAUAUUCUUGGAGAUGGGGAUACAGAUUCUGAGGGUAGUGAUGGUGAUUCUUCUAAAGGGUUUUGUCUCGGGGUGAGGACUUUUGUUCAGGUUACUGUUUUGGAGAUUUAUAAUGAGGAGAUUUAUGAUCUUUUGUCCACUAAUGGAGGUGGUGGUGGAGGUGGAGGGUUUGGAUUUGGUUGGUCUAAGAGCAAUGCUUCAAAGGUCAAACUUGAAGUGAUGGGAAAAAAGGCUAAGAAUGCAACCUAUAUCUCUGGAAAUGAAGCAGGAAAGAUCUCAAAAGAAAUUCAGAAAGUGGAGAAGCGAAGGAUUGUUAAAAGCACACUUUGUAAUGACAGGAGUUCCAGAAGUCACUGCAUGGUAAUACUUGAUGUCCCAACUGUGGGAGGACGGCUAAUGCUUGUCGACAUGGCAGGAUCAGAAAAUAUUGAACAAGCUGGUCAAACUGGAUUUGAGGCAAAAAUGCAGACUGCAAAAAUUAAUCAAGGAAAUAUAGCAUUGAAGAGAGUGGUCGAGUCUAUUGCAAAUGGUGAUUCACAUGUGCCUUUUAGAGACAGCAAACUUACCAUGCUUCUGCAGGAUUCAUUUGAAGAUGAUAAGUCAAAAAUUCUAAUGAUACUAUGUGCAAGUCCGGAUCCUAAGGAGAUCCACAAGACAAUCUCUACACUAGAAUAUGGAGCCAAAGCAAAAUGUAUAGUUCGUGGUCCUCAUACCCCGGUUAAGGAGGAGGACUCUUCUUCUACUGUCAUUUUGGGAUCAAGAAUUGCUGCAAUGGAUGAAUUUAUCAUGAAGCUACAAAUGGAAAACAAGCUAAGAGAGAAAGAGCGAAACGAAGCGCACAAAAAGCUCAUGAAGAAAGAGGAAGAAAUUGCUGCUUUAAGAACUAAAGUGGAAACAGCUCCUGCAAGCGAGGAGGAGAUUAACCUUAAGGUAAACGAACGAACCCGCCAUCUGAGACAGGAGUUGGAAAAGAAAUUGGAAGAGUGUCAAAGAAUGACCAAUGAGUUUGUUGAGUUGGAGAGAAAGAGAAUGGAAGAAAGGAUAUUGCAGCAGCAGGAGGAAGUUGAAAUUCUGAGGAAGAGACUGGAAGAAAUUGAGUUGCAGCUGUGCAGUUCUUCAAAGCAAGAGCGUAAGGAUGAAAACGAGUCAAAAGAAAUGGAGCCGAAUGGGUUCAUGAGAAAACUGCUUAGCGUUUACAAAAGCACGGAUGAUCUUGGAAUGGUGAAAUCGAUGGAUUUGGACAUGGAUGAUCAAGAACCAUUCCUUGCGCGCGAAGUUAUUGUCGGCAUGCAAGGCAUUUCACCAAACCAACCUUGUCCAAAUACUUUGAAAAAUGGAGUACAAGAAGAUGCUUAUGUUUGUGCACCAAACUUUGGUCAAAAAGCAUGUCUAAGUACAGUAUAUGAAGAAGAAGGAGAAGAAGAAGCAGAGCAGGAUCAUGAUAAAGUGGAAGAAGAUGAGGAAGUGGAGAAAGAGGUGAUAGAGGAAAAGAGGGUAUGUAGUGUUGUUAACAAAAGUCCGAAGAUAGAGGAUUAUACUGGAGCGGACAAGGAAAAUAAUGGUUCCAAUAGGCUGCUGAGAAUUCACAACAUAUUUACUCUCUGUGGAAACCAAAGGGAACUCUCCCAAUAUGGAACACCAAUCCCUACAAAAAAGAGGUCUGAUGAAAGUUUUGAUUUCAAAUGCUCUCCUGUGAAAUCAAGUGAGAAGAAGGAUUCUGUUUUAAGAGUGUCCAACAAGGAGAACUUGGAAGCAUAUGUUAUUGGAAAUUAGCUUCAAUUUAUAUGUACUGAAGCAUGAAAAAAGCUGUAUAAUAUGUGAUUGGAGGAUGUGUUUCUUCCUAUGAAAUACUACUAUUUCAUUUUGUGUUGAA